AUGCUCACGGUCGCCCAGAAACUCGACUACAUCCCCGCGUUGGCGAGCGUUGCGCUGACCUUUGUGUGGGCGUUGUUGACUCUCGCUUUCCGGGCUCCAGAGCAUCCCACUCACUGGCUGCUGCACAUUGGCUAUGCAGUUUUCCGCAAGUUGACAGCGCGUCUGUCGGCGGCUCAGAUGCAAUAUGUGCUCCCCGCCAGCAACCUCGUGUACAACCAUUACAUUCGCUCUGUGCGACAGAAGCCCCUGACUGUCCAGCUCGACCAUGGAGCAAUGGGCCAUUGGAUUGGUGACCCCGACGCAAAGAACAUCCUGGUCUGGUACCACGGCGGCGGGUUCGCUCUCCCCGCAAACGUCGGCUACUUCAAAUUUUUCGCCAAAAUCGUCAACGACUGCAAACGCAACGGCCAAUCGCUUGCAAUCUUCGCCUUGACAUACACCCUCGCCCCGGUAGCUACUUAUCCAACCCAGCUGCGACAGGCGGUCGAAGCUCUACGGUACAUCCUCGUUGAGAAGCGCCACUCCCCAGCGAAUGUCCUGCUGGGUGGCGACUCGGCGGGCGGGAACCUGGUCGGCGGAGUCCUGUCCCAUCUCACACACACCCACCCCGCCAUUGAGCCCCUGAAACUCGCCGAUGACGGCGCCCUCGCCGGAGCCGUCAUGAUAGCGCCCUGGACAUCGCUCCAGCCCGACCUGAGUAACCGCGUCGUCGACUCGCGUGGCGAUCUGAUUACGCCUGUUGUCGGACCGCUUUGGGGAACCGGGUACGUAGGGAGCGCGCCGAAGGAUUUCUACACGGACCUCUCGGAUGCGCCGGUCGAGUGGUUUUCCAAGUUCCCCGUUCGCAAGAUCCUAGUUUGUGGAGGCGAGCGCGAGAUCCUGUUACCGGUUAUCGAGGACUUUGUGGAGAAACUGCGCAAGGGAUUCAGGGGGGAAGUAGAGUUUUGCAUUGGCAAGGGUGAGGGCCAUGUUGCGCCUGUUUAUAAUUUGUAUUUGGGGGAUAAGAGGGAAACGCAGCAGGGGGCUAGGGUGAAGGAGGUUAUUUGUGGGUUGUUGGAGAAGAUGUAA